AUGGGAGGCUCGCGGCUGAUGCUCACAGGACUGAUGGUCAUCGCAGCUUGCUCUCUAUGUGCGUCAGGCAGUUGCAGUGAGGAGGUGGCUCGUCUGCGGGAACAGGAGAUGCUUCUGAAGGGCCAGCUUCAGAAACAAGAGGUCCUCCUACACAGACUGAAACUGCUGAGCCAACCGGGCAUCGAGGACAAAGCCAGAACCAACCAGAGCCAGGACAACGAGUCCACAGACUGCUCCCAGCUCUUCAGUUCUGGCUCCAAAUCCAGUGGUUUCUACACAAUCAAACCCUACGGCAGCCCUCACUCAGUCAGAGUCUACUGUGAUAUGAGUGAUGGAGGUGGUUGGAUCGUCAUUCAGAGACGGAUCAAUGGGACGGAGAGGUUUAACAGGUCGUGGGCAGAGUAUAAAGAUGGUUUUGGAGACACGGCUGCUGAGUUUUGGCUCGGAAAUGACAACCUGCACUACAUCACCACACAAGGGAACUAUUCUCUGAGGAUUAACCUGGGAGACUUUGGUGGUUACCAGGGCUAUGCCGAGUACAAGAACUUCAAAGUGGCCAACGAAAAGGAUCACUACCGACUUACCUUUGGAACCUAUCUAGGUACAGUUGGAGAUGCUCUGUCUGGAAGAUAUGAGGUUGGUGUGUCAGAGUGGGCCAGUCACCAGGGCGUCCGAUUCAGCACCUACGACCAGGACAACGACAACUACAAAGGAAACUGCGCACAGGAAGACAAAGGAGGCUGGUGGUUCAACAAGUGUCACUCAGCCCAUCUUAAUGGCAUGUACUACCCCAAUGGGUACUACAAUGCGAUGACGGAUGAUGGUGUAGUUUGGUACCCUUGGAGAGGAUGGUGGUACUCCCUGAAGACAAGCGUCAUGAAGCUGCGACCGACUGACUUCAAGCUUGAUCCCAUUGACGACCCCAACGCUGUUCCUCGCAGACCAGCUUCCUAG